CUGUCUUUGAUCUGCAAUAUCAUCACUGUCAGCUUACUAGUUGCUGCCUGCCGCUUGCUUCUACCAAGUACUGUACAAGAAAAAUUCAAGCCUUUUUCUAUAAACUGAAGAAGAGUUGAAGAUGGUGGCUUGUUUUCGGGUAUUUGAUUCAAUGGGGAUUUGCUUUAGUGCCAGAAUCAAAGCUGAGAGCCUCAAUAACACAGGGCUGACUUCAAAGUAUGAUAGUGGUGAAGGGAAAGAUUUGAGCAGUGAAAGCAGCGGCAGCAAAGUUUCAUCAUUCUCAGCAUCUUUGACACCUCGGAGUGAAGGUGAGAUUUUACAGUCCCCCAAUUUGAGAAGUUUCAGCUUUGCUGAUCUCAGAAUGGCCACGAGGAAUUUCCGUCCCGAUAGCGUGCUAGGAGAAGGGGGUUUCGGCUCUGUGUUUAAGGGUUGGAUAGAUGAAAACGCCUUCACCGCUACCAAGCCUGGAACUGGCAUCAUUAUUGCUGUCAAAAGGCUUAAGCAGGAUGGGUUCCAAGGUCACAGGGAGUGGUUGGCUGAAGUGAAUUACCUGGGACAAUUUUAUCAUCCUAAUCUUGUGAAAUUGAUUGGGUAUUGCUUGGAGGAUGAACACCGCCUUUUGGUGUAUGAAUUCAUGCCACGUGGCAGCUUGGAGAAUCAUCUCUUCAGGAGAGGUUCUUAUUUCCAGCCUCUUUCUUGGAGCCUCCGCUUGAAGGUUGCUCUCGGUGCUGCAAAAGGGCUUGCCUUCCUUCACAGUGCGGAAACGAAAGUCAUAUAUCGCGACUUCAAGACUUCCAACAUCUUGCUUGAUUCGAACCAUAAUGCAAAGCUUUCAGAUUUCGGAUUGGCCAAAGAUGGGCCAACAGGUGAUAAGAGCCAUGUUUCUACGAGGGUCAUGGGGACGUACGGAUAUGCUGCUCCGGAGUAUCUUGCCACAGGUCAUCUGUCUGCCAGGAGUGAUGUCUAUAGUUUCGGAGUUGUGCUGUUGGAGAUGUUAUCCGGCAGAAGAGCAAUUGACAAGAAUCGGCCGCUGGGAGAACAAAAGCUGGUGGAAUGGGCCAAACCCUACCUUGCCAACAAACGCAAAGUAUUCCGUGUCCUAGAUAAUCGCCUCGAAGGCCAGUAUUCAAUGGAAGGAGCCUUUAAAGCUGCUACCCUUGCUUUACGAUGCCUUUCCAUCGAUCCUAAGUUCAGACCGAACAUGAAUGAGGUUGUAACAGCAUUGCAGCAGCUCAUGGAUUCUAACGAUUCCAAAAGUAAUUCGAACAAGAUUAAUGGCUUGCCUCGGAGACGUAGGCAAAGCGCAGAUGAUGCUACUGGUGGGAGUACGACUGCGUACCCUCGUCCAUCGGCUUCGCCACUUUAUGCCUGAUAAUGGAAUCAAAAGCUUCCGACCACCCGAGUAUACUCGGUUGGUCGUCUCCAGAACUCGGGCAUUCACUUUUUCUAUAUUUUUGCCUAGUGACUGUACAGUUGGUACAUCAGGUCAUGUACUGGAUAGUCAAAAAAACCAAUCAUGUCUACAAAAUUGCAGAGGCUGUACCCAUAGCAAUGGGAAUGUAUAUGCAAUUGUUUAUGAGAGCCAACAUGGAAAACGAUGUAAUUGCUUUUCUACGGUGCAAUUAUUAGGUUUUUUUUUCUUUGUCCGA